UUUUUAUUGAUAAAUUGCGCACGGACUAGUGUCAGCAGUCGGCUGUGACGUAUAUUUUAAGAGACAAAAAAAAAACAAAAAUUAAAUAAGCUGUUAUUUUAGUUUUACAACAGAACCACAAACUUCAAAUUUAGAAAAAUUACACUAACAAACCAUACUAAAAUAAAUGUUAAUAAGAUAAUUAUCGUUGGCUAGUUAUCGUCCCUUGUGAGUAAAUGGUUGCGCCAUUUGCGAGCUCUUCUAACACGCUUCACCAUUUUGGGGAUACUCUCAUAUCAACCCAUACGCUGUAGUUGAAGGGCGGGAAUUUGUGACGUUACAGGGAGGACCUGCGUCCGGGCGAGUUUUAUUUUCUUCUCAAUAACAACAUAGUAACCAAAGUAGUGAUGGAAUAAAUAAUUUUUUUUUAAAUUAUUAACCUGCUUGUAUUGUAACAGAACACAUAUUACUGUACAUACCAUAACUUGCUCCACUCUCACCGACUUAAAAUACCUCGAAACUGCUGACACUGUUGACCUACUUAGAUAAAAUACCCAUAAGAGUUAAGCCGACAAAAGUAUAAGUACGAGUAUGAGCGCGUGUAUUCGAAUGAAGUAUUAUUGUUUUCUUAUUCUGAAUUAUUUUUUUCCAGGUGCUUUUGGCUUUCUCCUCAAGUCCAAAAACAGUUAAACUGAACGCAUUAAAUUAUGGAUAUAUCCGUGCUUCUCACAGCAUGAGCCAUUGCUACCCUCUGCUGGACACUUCUUGUAUAACUGUUUCCUGACUAUACAGAGACUCGAGGCCCAUUUUAAUUUUUUACUGUUUUGCUAACUGUAGGCUACUUUAUUAUUUGUUUUUUGGCUCAGUGAUCUCUGGGAUUAAAAGUCAAUAACACUUGGUUGAUUUACAGCUUCUUACUGCUUUUGGCAAACCUACCAGAACAACAUACGCCACCAUGUGGUGUGUUGUUUUGGGACCAUUCAUCUGAAUAAGGGAGGAUGGGUUUUCGUUGUUUUGUUUUUUGUUUUUCCAUUUCAAAUAAAAAUUAAACUACCCCACUUAACACAAGUUUUAGUAUGCUUUAUACUUAAUGAAAUAACAUAUAGGCGUCCUUUUUUUAGUAUUCACAUUAUUCGGUUUCGUUUAUCCCGAAUUGAUUACGUAUUGUAAAUUUCCAGCGGUACCUGAACGUAACCCCGUUGCCAUCAAUCAGAGCAAGUGAACGCAGCUGCCGAUUCCUCUUCUAUGCGAAAACUGGGUAUUAACACCAUUAACAAGCAUUUAUUAGGGACUGCCAUAUGGAUCCCCUGCAACAUUCUAAGAAGCCUAACCCGAUUCAAGAGUCGAAACGUAGCCAGAAGAAGUCUACCGCGCCUAAGAAAGAUGCCUAUGCCAGACUUUUGCGGGAGCAUCGAAGCAGCAAGUUUAGCUCGUAUUUAGAGCAGUACGCGAAAGACCUGUCAAAUCGCAGUGAUGAAAGUUCGCCAAACGUUUGUCUACCGGCCCCGAGCCCCGCGCGCAACAUUCCGCAGAGCAGAGAGGAAGUUGCCCACGAUUUCUCUGAUUCAAGCGAUUUCUCUCCCUGUUCUCUAAAGAAUAAGGUCGAGGAAAGUUACUUGUCCCCACGCAUGGCGAAGCUCAACAGUCGCUUUGCUUCGCAAGACUCGGAAGGGCGGCGCGGGGUACCAGCAGGGGACGCCACCACCAGCAUGACGCGUGAAGGAGAUGUCGUCGUGUCUUGUGAGUUGACCUCCCCGACACCGGGCGACUCGCACAAACGCGAUGGGCAGCAGAGGAAGAAAAAGGACUCGAGCAAAGGCUUUGCUCCAUCCGAAGGUCAUGCCAAGUCUCCAAACAAAGCGUGCAAAAGUGAACAAGAGAAAGAGAAGCCAAAGAAGCCAAAGAAAAAGAAUCCCGCCCAGCACGACGAAGACACAAGGUCCAAGCUCAAAGCGCCUCAAUGGAAAGACAAGAUGCAGCAGAAGAAGAACAUCUCCGAAACUACGAGUUCGUUUGCAGACAAAGGUAAGAACAGAGGAGGCAGAGGCUCCAAGAAACAAGUGUUUGAACUGUACAUGACAUCAGAGGAGGUUUCCCAUGGCCUGAAAAGAGGAGAACUCCUCCAGGGACAGUUACGAAUCAACCCUAAAAAAUACCAGGAAGCCUUCAUCCCGUCUCCCGAUGACUCAUGGGAUAUAUUUCUGGACGGAAUUGUAGCUCGGAACAGAGCGCUGAAUGGAGACAUCGUGGUCGUGCAAGUCCUACCUCGAGACCAGUGGAAGGUGGUGAGGUCUGAUAGUGACUGUGAAGGCCCAGGUGAGAUAGAGAGCCGGAGAGAAGACGCAGCCCAAACUAAAGUCAAUAAGACCCAGCAAAGUGUUCUGGAGGACCAGUGUGGCAGCCACAACGACCUGCUGAGAAAAAUUCAAAAUGUAUCCUUGAACGCCACAGAAACCGAGAAAUUGCUCGAAGACCCUUCGCCCACACAAUCCAACGGGGAGAAACUGCAAAAAACUGCAAAAGUGGUGUACAUAGUCGAGAGGAAACACUCGAGAGCCGCGACGGGCUUCUUAAAGGUCCUUCCCGACAAGCCCUUUGCGAUGUUCUCCCCGGUGGACCAUCGGAUUCCACGGAUUAAUGUCCCUCUCUCGGACUGUCCUCACGACUUCAGCUUCCGUCCAGGGGACUACGUCAACACUUUGUUCAUCUGUUAUAUCACCAACUGGUCGGACGACAGCACUUUUGCGGAAGGUCGACUCGCCAAGACUCUCGGUCAAGCGGGAGAAAUCGAGCCAGAGACGGAGGGCAUCCUGAUGGAGUACGAUGUUGACUUUUCCGAGUUCUCUCAGGAGGUUUUGGACUGUCUCCCCAAGAACCUGCCUUGGAAGAUUCCGCCCGAAGAGAUACGAAAGAGAAGAGAUCUGAGGAAAGAAUGCAUCUUCACAAUUGACCCUGCCACUGCCAGAGACCUGGACGAUGCUCUGUCCUGUAAACGACUCCCGGAUGGGAACUUUGAGGUCGGAGUCCACAUUGCUGACGUUAGUUAUUUUGUGGAGGAAGGAAAUGCGUUGGAUGACAUCGCCAGUCAAAGAGCAACCAGCGUGUAUCUGGUUCAAAAGGUGAUUCCCAUGUUACCCGGCCUGCUCUGUGAGGAGCUGUGCAGUCUCAACCCUCUCACCGACCGACUCACCUUCUCUGUCAUUUGGAAAAUCACACCCGAGGGAAAGAUCCUAAGCGAGUGGUUCGGUCGCUCGGUGAUUUCCUCCUGCGUGAAGCUAAGUUACGACCACGCUCAGUGCAUGAUCGAGGCGCCGGACAAAAUGUUCUCAGCCGCGGAGCUUCCACCCGUCGAUCCUCUCCACCCCAUCGACGAGAUCCAUCGGGCUGUGCUCGACCUGCACUCUAUCGCCAAGAACCUCAGAGCUCAACGCUUUACAGACGGAGCCCUGAGACUCGACCAGAUGAAACUGGCUUUUACCCUGGACAGGGAGACCAUGAUGCCUCAGGGCUGCUAUGUUUACCAGUACAGAGACAGUAACAAGUUGGUAGAGGAGUUCAUGCUACUGGCCAACAUGGCCACUGCUCAUCACAUCUACGGAAAAUUUCCAGAGCUGGCUCUGCUCCGACGCCACCCCUCUCCCAAAGCCAAAAUGGUGGACGAGCUACAGGAACUGUGCGAUCAGCUGGGCAUCAACAUUGAUCUUUCCUCUGCAGGAGCACUGAAUAAGAGUCUCAACACCACGUUUGGUGAUGACGAAUACUCUAGCGCCAGAAAAGAAGUUCUAACCCACUUGUGCUCCAGGCCCAUGCAGAUGGCAAUGUACUUCUGCGCCGGUGUAUUAAAGAACAAGCAGUUUUUUACGCACUACGCCCUCAACGUUCCUCUCUACACGCACUUCACGUCGCCAAUCAGACGCUACGCUGACAUCAUCGUGCACCGUCUGCUGGCGUCCUCGCUGAAGUGUGGGCCUCACAUAAGCCUCUCGAUGGCAGAAGUGGAAAUGCAAGCGUCGCGCUGUAACGACAAGAAGACGGCGUCAAAGCGAGUCCAGGAGCUCAGCUCGGAGCUCUUCUUCGGAGUCUUUGUUAAGGAGUGUGGGCCCCUGGACUCUGAGGCAAUAGUGAUGGGAGUAUUGGAUCAGUCUUUUGACGUUCUUGUCCUUCGCUACGGUGUGCAGAAACGCAUCUACUGCAAGUCUAUUGAAGGCCUGAGGACGUUUUCCCACCGUAAAGUGGGAAAGAAGUCCGAGCUGACUCUCGUCUGGAAGUCGGAGGAUUCCGGAGACGUUGAGCAGAUUAUUUCACUCUUUACGUUGGUGCAGGUGCAGCUUAAAGCCGACGGCGCUCCACUGAAGUACAGCACUGUCCUCAAGAGGUCAGAUGUCGAUGACAUGGAAUUUUAAUCUCCGAGGGACGGUGGAAUUGCGGAAGCAUAAGAUUGCACAUUUUCUGUUUGUUAAUUAAGCGAAUUUGACGUUUGAUGAUGAUCAAUAUCACUAAGGAAGUAAUGAUGAAAUCAGGGAUUAGAUCAGAGCAAGGUCAGUUAUCUUCAGCGUUCGAGUUCAACUUGUGUAAGUGUAACUCCCGUGGUUGUUUUACGUCUCACCCACAGGUAAAGGGGUGGGUUUCCUAAUGUAGCAUUUGCAACAACGGAGAUGAGAUUUGUAACGGCGUUGUGUGAAUAUAUAAUUUGAUAAAAAACUAAUGCCCCCAGUUUCAUUUAGAAAUGGGUGAUUUCUGAUUGUUGUUUGUUUUUUUUUUUUAAAUAUUUUAACGUGGUUAAAAAUACAUUUUAAAUAGAAUUUAGCUUUGACGUUUUACUCAGGCACCAGCCGAGAAGGUCUGUUCUGCUGUUAAUUGAAUGGCCUAUUACAGACAUGUGCUGUGAUUUUUUUUUUUUUUUGUCUGUAAAACAUUUUGUAUGUAAUUUAAGUUUAUAAUCAAUUGACAUGUAGCGUAAAAAUAUUCGGUGGUUUUAAUAUGCCUAGCAAACCAGACUAGCUGCGUGCGUGUCAUCAUGUGACUUUUUUAUAGAGGCAAAUUGUCUAUUUAUAAGGUUUUAAUCACAAAAGAGUUUUGGUUUUUUUUUUUUUUUUUUCCUGUUGUAUUGAUCAAGCAAUUUCUUAUUUUCUUCAAUUAUCUUUUCUUGUAAUUAAGCUUAACUGUGUGCCAACGUUUUUUUAACUUAUGGGAAAGACUUGAAUGUAAAAUUUCUUUUUAGAUGGUGGCCUUUAACUGCUUAUUUGUUGUUUGAAUGUUUGUACAGUCAACAAAGAGUACGUUUAAUAAUUCAUUUUGUAAUGACUCACUUCAAGUUCAUGGACAAGAGUUACCUGUGAAUCUCUGUCUGUCAUCAAUGAGGUUAAAACAUGUGUAUUCCACGUAACAGUCAGUACUAACAAUCAUAUUUGUCCUAAGUGAAAUAAAUACAUGUGAGAGAAAAAAAAGAGUUUUCUUCAU